UUUAUCUUUGACAUAAUCACAUGACCUGUUUUAUUUGUCCCCGUGAUCAAAUUGAGAAAAAUUCAAAAUAAUUACGCGCAAUGGCUAAAGUUGAGCCUGAUGUUGACACUGACAUACACGAAAACUCUCUUGAUAACAGUGCGGAUGCAGAAUAUCUUGGCAUGGUAGAUGAAGGAUCUUUCGGUGCAGAAGAAAGAUCCCAAUUAACCUCACAGCCCUUCCUAGACUCCAAUGAUAAUAGUUCUUCGGCCUACUUCAGGGAUAUAUCUGGUUCGGUAACUUACAAGGUAGUACACAUGACCGGUGAAGAGACUGGGAACAAUAUCGCACACUCCCCCGGCCAUGUGUUACCGGAUACAGAAUACUUUGUAAUAAGUAAUCCCGUAGAAGUUUUCGCCAGCCACGAACCUAAAACAGCAAAAGUACUUAAACGGGAGCCCUUACAAGCAAAAGCAGUUACAGCAAAGAAACGCGAUGACAAAAGGCGGGCGACCCACAACGAGGUUGAGAGGCGACGAAGGGACAAAAUCAACAGUUGGAUCACCAAGCUGGCCGCGUUGGUGCCCAACUCGGGCUUGGCGGACACCGUGAGCAAGGGCGGCAUACUGGCGAAGGCCUGCGACCACAUCACUGAACUCACUGAGAGGCAGAAGAGAUUAGACAAACUGGAGGUAGAGAAUGAAAAGUUAGUGUUGGAAAUAUUAAGACUCAAUCAAGAACUAGCCGAAGUGCGUAAGGAGAACACCACGAUGAGAAAUCAACUGGCUGAUAAUUGCAUAGUAAUGACACACAGGCCGAAAGGUCAAAAAUCUUAGUUGUAACUAAACAUUUGUAAAUAAAGGUGCAAUAAUGGCCGCGAUAAGAUUUCAGGGCCUACAGACGCACUGUCCGUGUGUAUAAUCUGUGACGAGAUUGCAUGUGGGCCGUAUGCGCGUUCGCCUAAUGAAGUAGAAUUAAAAAAGGUGCUGAAAUGUAGCGGGGAACUUUGACGUUAGCAGUGUUACCUUAUUUGGCUGUUGUGGAUAGGCUUCUUUUUUUCUAAUUUUGUAAAUCGCCAGUGUUGUUUAUGAUGUUUUGUUGUUUUAAAGUAUGGCAACCCCAUAUGUGUACAAUUUUGUGUAAAUACGCGAUUUAUGGGAAAUAAUGUUAUUAGUUUUACAAUGCAGCCACAUAUUAGGUUUUUGUGGACAUUGAGAUACCUAUCGCCGAAUUUGUGUCAAUAAAAUAUUCUCAACAUUUUUUUUAUGAUGGUCACCCCAAACAAAUGGUGUAUAAAUUCACCGCUAGAGGCGUUAAUAUAGCGCUGUGAUGUAGGGCGAGGCUUCCAAAAUGUCAAAGUUAGUGGCUCCAACGCCCACAACGAAUAUUAUCAACCUUUCAGGAUAGAUCAAUGUAGUUUUAAGAUAUCAAUAAUUCUCAUUUUUUUUAAACCGAUUUGAAUGAAGACAUUCAAAUUAUAAUUACAGUACGUAAUUAUUUAAAUAUAAUUUUAAAUAGGUUUUGAUUAUCAACAUUUUGAAUGAGGCACUAAAAUUUAUUUAGUGUGUAGUAUAUUUUAUAAUGAAAUUGCAGUGUCUAAGGCGAACGCUACUCGUAAAUAAAUGCGAUAAUUAUCACGAUAUUUACUAACAUAUCUUGGGCUGGAGUAUAUCUCAGCAUACUCUAUCAAUAUAAAUCGCAUCAGUAUUAAGGCGUUCUUUGGACGAGGCAGACGUCAUGGUUCCUAGACAGGAAUCUUAGACCUUGUGUGGCUAUAAUUAUAAACCAUUGUUUAAACAUGAUGCUAAAAAGAAAUGAAUAGAUGAAGAAUUGACAAUAAACAAAGAUUUAAUUAUUUGACGAAAUUCGACCUCACAAUGAAACUAUGAAUGAAAAUUACAUACAUAAAUGGCAUCGCUUUUUAAAAUUGAAUUUCUGUAGUUCAUAAACGCACUAAAUAGAUUUAAUUAUUUCUUAUUGGUCUAAAUUGGUGCGUACUGACAUGAUAAAUAUUGAUGCACGAUACUACACGCAAGAUAAAUAUAUCAAGAUCUCGGAUCUGGUAGAGUGAAACAAUGUAUCAUAGUUGCCAAACUAAUGACGGAAAGUGUUUUGCCAUUAUUUUUAAUAUAAAAAAAACACGAUCGUUGGAUCAAAUAUGUAACGCAGUUGUUUUUGUAUUUAGAAAUAUAGAACACGUUUAAAAUUUGAAUCGACCAAUUUCGACCACACCACAGAAUUUUUUAAAUUAUUUUUGAGUCCUUACGAUUCAACAUGAACAUUAUUUUAUUUCCCCUAAGUAUGUAGAUCAUAUUUAAAAAAUAAAAAGACAUAUAUUACCCUUAAUUCCGAAAAGAAUUGGUGUCAAAUAGCGCUGGAAUAUGAGUAAUUAUUAUACAUAUUAUUCUUUUGUUAUUACAAGGAAGUUUUUACAAUAAUAAUGUAAGUAUUGUAUACUGUAUGUAGGUAGUGUUAGUCAAAGUUGUUUUUGUUAUCAAAUACAAUCGGUAUAUUGCAUUUAAACAUCCAAUUGUUUUGUUUAAUUUCUUGGCCUGAAGUAAAAAAAAAAAUACUUUUUAAUUUCCUAUCCGAAACAUAGUAAUGUCAGAACGGUAGAAAGAUGAUUUUGUAUUUUCUUACCCGGGAUUACAAAACUUGCAGUGCCAGGAACAUUUUUAUUUUUUAUCAAACCCAAAAUAUAAUCAGGUAUUUGUUGA